CGAUCUCUAAAUUAAACUAUUUAUGAAGAAAUUUAGUGAAAGGCUUUAACAUUAGUACUAAUAGAUAGUCAAAAUGUUUCUGUAAGUGGAGUGUAACAUAAGGGGAUGCCAUGACGAAGGAGAUCUCAGAGAGAAGAGCUGAAUCUGCUCCGGGUUUACUCAAUAAACUCCAGGGUUCAACACUCCGGAUUCUAGAGGACGUUUUUCAAUCCUACGGAGAAUUUGUUGCAAGACAUCCUGUCAUAGUGAUAUUAAGUUGUGUGGCUCUAACUUGUGUGUGCGGAGGGGGACUAUAUUGGUUCAGAGCUGAGAAUGAAGGAGUUAAACUAUGGAUCCCAUAUAACUCCGACUACAGGCUAAAUAAUGAUUGGAUGUUUGAGAAUUAUCCCAGGGAUCUUAGAUUCAACAGUCUUAUCCUCACAGGAGAGAAUGUACUUACAGCUCAGGUUCUUAGAACUAUGUAUAGAGUGAGUAAGUCUAUCCGAACAAUGCGGAAUAUUAACAACGAGACCUGGGACGAUCAUUGUAUGAAGAGACCUGUGAUUAAAGUUCCGUCAUUGUUCGAUAUUUUCGGCCGGAAGAGGAGGGAGAUUAAGUUUGAUGAUGAUCUGUUCGGAGACGAAUUUGACGAGGAAAAAGAUACAGUUAUUACUGAUCCACUUAAAUUAGCAACUCAAUUUAGUAUUGAUGAGUAUCCUGACCCGUACUGUGGAAUAGUGACCGGCAUGCCGCUAGCUUGCAUGGAGUUGAGUAUUCUAGAACUGUUUGGACAAGGAGGAGAUUAUGAUGAGAGAACCGACGAUGUAAUGGAGACACUGACAGAUGAAAUAGUUCUAGAUGUGAUCAAUAAUAAGAACGUGAGCGGAAUCUUUCUCACCCCUUAUAAUUUCACAAGUUAUUUAUCUAAUAUUGAAUACAAUACACAAGGUGAAAUUAUCGGAGCAAAGGCAACCUACAUUAUCUGGUUAGGGAGGAUGAAUAUGACCGAAGCUAAAUUGAACCCUGCUCCGGGACGAGGUGAACCCAUCUCCAUGUCUAUGCUGCAAUGGGAAGGAGAUAUGUUGGAGGUUAUGCUCAACAAAUCUGAUUAUCCGAAAGGAUUAGAAUCAUUUCCUAAUGUUGCGCGGAGUUUUGGAGAUAUCGCCGGUUCAACAAUCAUCGGAGAUAUCACAUUCUUUGUUGCCGGGUAUAUAAUGAUGUUUACCUACGUUCAAAUAAUGUUGGGUAAAUUCUCCUGCGUAGAGCACCGAACCUACCUAUCUACAGUAGGGAUAUUAGGGGUUAUCAUGGGGAUAAUAGUUUCCUAUGGUAUUUGCUCCGCUGCUGGUCACUUCUAUGGUCCUAUGCACUCAGUUAUGCCGUUCCUCAUGUUAGGAAUAGGCAUAGAUGACAUGUUUGUCAUCAUACAGUGCUGGGACACCCUCUCUGAGGAGGAGAAGAAGGAGAACUUGGUCAAGAGAUUUGGAUUUCUAAUGAAGCAGGCUGGAGCAGCAAUAACUGUUACGUCAGCAACUGAUGUUAUAGCUUUCGGGGUCGGAGCAUUCACUAUCCUUCCAGCUCUUCAGUCCUUCUGUAUAUACGCAGCCGUAGGUAUAGUCGCAACAUUUGUUUUCCAGUCUUCAUUUUUCCUUGCUUGGAUGAACCUUGAUCAAAGAAGGAUUGAAUCCAAUAGAAACGGUUGUUGUCCCUGCUAUGUACACCCAGAAACUAACAAUCAAACCCAAGAAAGAAAAGGUGCAUUGCAGAGAGUAUUUAAGAAAUAUGCCGAAUACCUCAUAAAAACCCCAGUGAAGAUUUCUGUUCUACUCGUAGCGCUUGUUUUAACUGGGUUCGGAGUUUACGGAAACGUUCUGCUCCGACAAGAGUUCGAUCCAACCUGGUUUCUUCCCCAGGAUACUUAUAUUGCACAGUGGUUCGUCAACAAUAAGAUGUACUUUCCGUCCUCAGGAGAGCGAGGAACUAUUUAUUUCAGCGGAACCGAGUUACCUGCGGAUAUUGAUAAGAUUGAGAAACUAUCCCAGGAUCUAAGAGAACAGACUGAUAUUAUUGUUAAAUCUGACGCCUGGACCCGUCCAUACAUAGAUUAUCUUCAGAAACUUAACUACACGGAGAAACCGUCUAAAUUAAACAAGACGGCAUUCAGAUCUUCUCUGUCUCAGUUCUUGUUUAGUCCUGUCGGAGCUGUUUAUAGGAACGGGUUCAAUUUCAAGGAGCAACUGGAGUGUGGAGAACUUGCUUCUGAAGUUCAGCUGAGUGAGAUUACGUACACACACAGGUUGAUGAACGGUCCAGAGGAACAUGUUCCAGCCAUGAACCGAGUCAAGAAUAUUAUUGAAUCAGCAAAUAUAUCUGGGAAAGUGUUCGCAAUGGCCAUGGGUUACGCUACGUGGGAAACUGACGAGAUCAUAUCUUUAGAAAUCUACAGAAACAUGGCGCUGGCCAUUGUUUGCGUGUUCAUUACAACCUUGCUCUUCAUCAGCAACCUGGGGGGAUCCUUGCUUAUCCUGGUGUGCGUUUGUUUAACUCUGGUUGAUGUUGGAGGAUUUAUGCACUUCUGGGGACUCACAAUAGAUACUGUCUCAUGCAACAACCUCAUCAUAGCAAUAGGAUUAUGUGUUGACUACUCGGCUCACGUGAUGCAUCGGUUUCUCACUGAACAGGGUCCGCGGGAAGACCGUGUUGUCCAAACUGUCUCUAACAUUGGUCCUGCAGUUUUCAAUGGAGGAGUUUCAACCUUCCUCGCCUUCGUCCUGCUGGCCACCUCCAGAUCUCACGUCUUCUCCAGCUUCUUCAAGAUCUUCUUCCUGGUAGUUAGUUUCGGACUGUUCCACGGGUUGGUCGUGCUCCCAGUUAUACUCAGCUUUAUUGGUCCUGAUUCAGCACACUACACGCUAGUAACCAGGACAGAUAUUCAACUCAAAUCCAAAGAAAAAGAAAAUCCUGGGGAAAUAGCUCUUUAGUCUUGCUCCAGGAUAUGAUCAUUUACUCAUUAUGUUUAUUUGUUUUGUUUAUUAGUUGUUAGUUUAAAUCUGUUUUGUUAUUUGUAUGAUCUGAUCUUAGCAACUUACAGGGUAUUAUGUUAUAUUUCUUGUGUGCCGUCUUUCAUGAAAAUUUUAUCUGAAAGGUUGGUGAAACGAGUCCAUUCAAUUUUGAGUCCAAUGCUUAGGGUCCAGAACAUUUUGGCUUCCAGCUGAUCCGAUUCCGAAGCAUUUGAACAAUCUUCACAGUUUACACAAAUCAAGUUCUACCUAUAAGUUCUGAUUUAUGGUUUUUCAAACGUAAGUAGACAUUAUAUUGCUUGGGACACGACAAACCAACCUUUCAACCCUCUCUCGCACAGAGUUAGUUAAACAAUUAUUGAGACUGAUACUUUUUUUGCGAAAUCUCAUUUGUAACUUUUUUGUCAAAUGUUUAUACAAACCAGUCACUUCUAGCCUUGGCAAUUGACAACUGUCUUCAUUACAUUAUUUAAACUGAGAGCAAACAAGUAAAAAAUCCAAGUUUAUUUUCUGUAAAUCUCAAAUUAACUCAAUAUGUGGUAUCUGGAGUUAUAUAUAUGUACGGGUUUCACGGGAUAAAUUAGAAGACAUUUUCUUCUCCAAACACUGAAGACCUGAGGUCUGGAACUAUAUAUUAAUAGUUGAUCUAUUUCCUUAGAGUUGCCCAUUCACUUUACCUAGUAAAACUACUUGUCGAUA